AAUUUGAAAAUGUACCUUCCAGAACUGAAAUUGAAUUACUUUUACAAUUUUACUCAUACAUGAUAUUUACACUUGUUCUUGAAUAUGUAGUUCUGUGAUGACUAUGCUCAACAAAAAGGCCAAUCAAAAUGAUCAAAUCAGCGACUUACCAAGUAAUGUCAUCGAUGCCAUCCUAGCAAACUUGGAAAUCAAAGACCAAAUUAGGACUAGUAUUUUAUCUAAAAAGUGGAGGUAUAUGUGGACUUCAGCCCCACAACUUUGUUUUGACAUAGAUUUUUUUAGAAGUUUUAGGCAUCUUGAUGAUGCUAACCCUGUAAUUUCUAAAACCGUCACGAAUAUUCUUAUGGGUCACAGUGGGCCAAUACACAAGUUUACUCUUUUCAUACCAUUUGACUCCCCCUUUUUUGAUAUCGAAGUGGAAUACCUCAAUACGUGGAUUCCGAUUUUGUCAAGGAAGGGCAUUAAAUAUCUUAACUUUGUGAACGUCAACUCAGUUCCUGAUGAAAUCCCAUAUAUUAUCUUCUCUUGUAAGGAAUUGACUUACUUAAGAUUUGGCGGAUUUAACAUGUUAAUUCCACCUGAUUUCUGCGGCUUUAAAAAAUUGCUUGAACUUCACUUAGAUAUGCUAGUUUUCGAGCCCGGUGCACUUGAGACUCUUGCGUCUGGUUGUCCCUUUCUUGAAAAGCUCAUAAUUGAAUCAUGUCAUGGUUUUGAGCAUCUUGAUAUUUCUUCUCCUACUCUCAAAGUCUUAAAGAUAGUAUUAGGAGAUGAUAUGAAGUCAAUUUCUCUCGAGAAAUCAAAGAAUUUGGUCGAUUUUACACUUGAUGUUAAUGGUAUCAGGGUAUAUGGUUUGAUCAAAAGCUUGCCAAAAAUCAAGAGGUUUUCUGUUGAAAGAAGUUUCUAUAACAAGGAGGAGAAGUAUCCAUAUGCAGAUAUUAUUCCUCCCACACUGCUAGCAAGGUCAUUCAACUCUUUAGAGUAUCUGAAAUUGGGUGACAUGAAUUUGAAUGAUAAAGGAGAACUUUUGUAUGUUGUUAGUAUUCUCGAAAGUUCUCCUAGGUUGAUUGAAUUUGCUUUAUACCAGCCUUGCAACAAAGAUGAUACCUCACAAGUGUCAGACCAUUCUGAAGAGUUACAAGAAUGUUGCUGCUGGCUUAGACUUCAGAUAGUGGAUAUCUACGUCGCAGGUUGCCCUCAGCAAGCAAUGAGUUUGGCACAGUUCAUACUUGUAAAUUCUCCUGUGUUAGAGACUCUUACUUUUAAUUAUUGUUAUGAGGAAUUAGAUGCACCUAAGCUGUUAAAAAUUUCACAAGGCUUGUUAUUGAUGGAACGAGAAUCGCCAAGAGCACAGGUUGAGUUCAAUCAUUCUACCUUCUAACUAUUUCUGUAAUUAGAUGAAAAGAUUGGCUGCACAUUGGACCACAGUUUAAUUUAUUUAUUUUCAAUCUAUUUGGUAUUAUGUGGCCAUUGUUUGUAAUAUUUUUGUGAAAAUCAGUAGGUUCCUUAACUUUCUGUUCUGGUUGUUUGUUGUCUGAGAGUAGAUUUCUGGAUGAUAAAUUGUGAAACAUUUUAAUUAGGGGAUUAGUUAUAUUUUCAAUUUUCUUUUGAUUUAA